AUGGCAGCGACGCAGACAGAGUUCAAGAACACCUGGCAGCCGCCAAAGACUGAGCGCAUCCCGAAUGUGAACCUCGACACUGAGCCCGAGGACUAUGACUUCAACUUCAUGUUCGAGCCCAAGGUCCUGACGGGGCACAGGGUCCAGCUCCGGCCGUUUGUCCUGCUGUAUGAGGGUACGAAGGCGCACCCUGAGGUCUUGACGUACAUCCCGAGUAACGUGAACACGAGCGUCGACGAGGCGUGUCAGUUCCUGGAGGCCGGGCGACGGAACCCUCGCACAUACGUCACGACGGAGACGGUGGGCCUGCUGAUGCACCGCAUCCUCGAUGCUCCGGAGGAUGGUGGCCUGGGCCUUCGCCGUUGCCAGUGGAAGGCCAACUCGAUCAACGCUCAGAGCGCUAAGACGGCCGCCCGCAUGGGUUUCACGAAGGAAGGCGUGCUCCGUGCUCUCAUCGUGCUUCCCGAGGGCAAGAUCGGCGUCAGGGAGGGCCGGCAGGGCGUCGAGAACGCACAGUGCAUGGUUCGCGACACGUUCAUGGCGAGCGUCACCUGGUAUGAGUGGGAGGAGGGCGUCAGGGAGCACGUCGACAAGCUCAUGGCCCGUGGCCUCGAGAACACUCGCAUUGUCUUCCUUCCCUCGCGGGAUCUCGUCAACAUGGCAAGAAGCUUGUCGCGCAGCCCUAGGCGGCGUGACAGCACGGAAAGCGAAGAUGAGGGAGACCGCUCCAUUAAACGCGUGAAACUCGAGAGGACAGCGGCGACCGAGGAUCCGGAGGACGACGCAAUGGACUACGAUCCUUCCGAUCUCGAUGACGACGAGAAGAAUGAGCAGGCUUUCAAUGCAGCGCGCGCUAGGAGGGGCCGCUACAUGGGCACUGUGUCGGAAGCUGGAGUUCUCAAGAGUAUCAAUCUCGUGAACUUUAUGUGUCACAAGAACUUGACAGUGCAGUUCGCGCCGCGCUUGAACUUCCUCGUCGGUCACAACGGCAGCGGCAAGAGUGCCGUCCUCACCGCCGUCGCAGUGGCCCUUGGAGCCAAGGCGGCAAUCACUGGUCGUGGCCAGGGGAUAAAGGACUUGAUCAUGCACGGUGCAGAGUACACCGACGACAUCAUCAUUGAGCGUAUCAUUGAUCGCAAUGGUACUUCGCAGUACAAGUUCCGUACGGUUCGUGGCGGCAACAUCAUCGAGAAGAAGUCGAUCGAGCUCAAGAACAUCAUGAACCACUUCAAUCUCGACAUUGACUCUCCGCUCACGCUCCUGACGCAGGACGCCGCAAAGUCGUUCCUCGCUACCACGGAUGAGCGCAAGCUGUACUCGUUCUUCCUCCGAGGUACGAACCUCCAGUUUCUGGCCGACUCGUACAGCGCUACCCAGUCUACGGUGCUGAAGAUGGAGCGUGAAGUUGCUGCUGCCAAGGAAGCCGAGCCUGGUCUGGAAGCCAGGGUGAGGCGCCUGGGGGCGCAGAUCCAGGUGGCGAGAAGAGUGGCUGAUAUUCGUCUCGAGCACGACCGAUGCCGGAGAGAGCUCGCGUGGUCCUAUGUCAUCCAGAAGGAGAAGGAUGUCGAGGACAUGACGGAACGACUCGACCAGGAGAAGGAGAAGCUGAAGCAAGUUGAGGAGGAGAUUAACAAGCACAAGCUCACCGAGGAUAUCAGCGAGCUCGAGACCGAGGCUCAGGAGGAUCUUAACGAGAUUGUGCCUCUGAAACUGGAGAAAAAGGACGCGAAGAAGGAAUUGGCGAAGGCGGAGUCGGAGGAAUCAAUCGAGGAACUCAGGAGCGAGAUCAAAAGGAAGAAGGCCGAGGUCGCCGAUCUUGACAAGAAGAUUGCUGCCAAAGCCCGUGAUCAGGGCUCUGCAGUGGACCCUCAGAUGGAAGCGCUCCGCGAUAAGAUCAAGCACCACCAGGGCCUUCUUCAGAACAUGACCCGAGCUCAGCCCACGAAAGAGAAGGAAGCGAGCGAUGCAGAAGCUGCUUGUCAGGUGGCUGAGCAAGUUCAGCAGGCCAAGGCGGCUUUGAGAGACGAAGCUGCCCAAGCUCUGGAUCAAGCGCGGAGGAAUCUGCAGCCGUUUCAGAGAGCAUCCCGCGACGGUCUCGAGAAGUUUGGUAACAACAUCAGACUGGUCAUGGAUCGUAUCCAGAAAGCGACCUGGCGAGCUGGGACCCCGCUCGGACCGCUGGGUCGAUACGUCCAGCUCGAAGAUGAAAGCUACCGUGGCGUGCUCGAAUCCUUCCUCGGAGGUCUGAUGAACUCCUUCGCUGUUCGAUGCGAUGAGGACCGCUUGACGCUUCUGAAGAUCCUUACCGAGUGUAGUCGUGGUACCAACGGGUACGCUGUCGCGGGGAUUGCAAGCAAGUUCCCGCCCGUACUGCAGUGGCGAGGUGACAUGUUCGACUACUCGCGAGGUGACCUCUCAUCGAGAGGAGAGACUAUCCUUAGCAAACUCAAAUUCUCCAACGAAGAGGUGCUCCGCAUCUUCAUCAACCAAGCUCGCAUUGAAAGGGUGUUCGAACGUGAGCGACCAGAUUACGGUGCUCAGUGCGGAUAUGAAGAACCAGACGGGUCGAGCCAAUUGAACCCCCUGCCCAACUGGAGGGGCCCGGGCCUGUUUGUCAGGGACACGGAGGCCGAGCGCCGCAACCUCGAGGGAAGAGUUCAGGUUGCCGAGCAGGAACGCGACAGAGCUCUCGCCGAGAUGGAUGCUGCUGUCCGAGCUAAGCGGGAUGCGGACGGCAAACUUCGGGCUGCAAACCGUCUCCAGGAGGGUCGCCUCAAGAUGGAACGAUCACUCCGGCAGUUCGAUGAUGAGCUGGAGAAGCUUCAGCCGACGACUGGAGACGCUCUGAUCUCGACACGCUCUGAAGUGGAAGCCGAGAUCACUGAUUGUGAGAAGCAGUUGGCCCUGCAGGAGGGUGCUCUCAAGCGCGUCAUGCGAGCUCAGCGGGAAGCUGAGGACAAGAUCAAGGAGCUCGAUGAGAAGCUUAACAGCGGAACUUAUCGGCAGAAGAAGCGAACUGAGCUUCAGCAAACCAUCAAUAUUCGCAAGGAAGGUCAGAAGCGUUAUGAAGGGCGCAUCACUGUGAUGACGGCUGAGCUUGAGAAAGUUCAACGGAUGGCUAUCGAGUGGUCCGUCAAGGCGGAAGGCUUCGGUGAUCGCGUCGAGACCACGAGGACUUCCGAGGCCAUUAAGAAGAACAACGACUCGCUGGAGAGGCAGCUGAAGGAGGCGGAGAAGCAGACAAACAUCAACCUCGACGACCUCACUGCCAACUACGAGGAGGCCCUGCAAAAGCUAAACGAGUCUCGCACGAAGAUCCACGGCGUGGAGACGCUGGCUGCGGAACUGAAGAAGAAUGUCAUUCAGCGCCAGACCAAGUGGCAGGAGCUCCGUCACCACGUCGCGGUGCGAGCUCGCACAGCCUUCAUUGCCAACAUUCACAAGCGUGGGUUCGAUGGCCGUCUCGUUUUCAACCACGACAAUGAAACUCUGUCUCUCCGUGUGCAGACGAACAAUGUCGGCAAGGAGACCCAGGGAGGCGCGAGCCAGUACACCAAGGCGCCCAUCAAUCUCUCCGGUGGUGAGCGGUCGUACUCGACCGUAUCCUUCCUGGCGGCGCUGUGGGACACGUCCGGUAAUACAAUCCGCUGCCUCGAUGAGUGGGAUGUGUUCCUGGACAUGGUCAACCGCAAGAUUGCGUCUAACCUUCUCAUUGAAAGCGCGCGUGAGAGUGAUAACAAGCAGUACAUCUUCAUCACGCCCCAGGACAUGGCGGGCAUGACGACCAAGGCGAACGAGAAGGUGAUCCGUAUGUCGGAUCCUGUGCGCGGACAGCAGACGCUCCCCUUCGCGCCACAAUAG